AAUUAUCCACGAAAGUGGAUUUACGCCCGAAGACCACAAGCAGUAUCGACCGGUGGUCUACAGCAAUACAAUACAGUCCUUGGUGGCCAUCCUUCGGUCCAUGCCAAAUCUCGGAAUCAGUUAUGGAAACAACGAGAGGGAGAUCGACGGCAAAAUGGUAUUCGAUGUGAUUCAGAGGAUGGAAGACACAGAACCGUUCUCAGAGGAAUUAUUAGCGGCGAUGAAGAGGUUAUGGGUCGAUUCCGGGGUUCAAGAAUGUUUCGGUCGUUCCAACGAGUACCAGCUCAACGAUUCCGCCAAAUAUUUCUUAGACGACUUAGACCGACUAGGAGCUAAAGACUAUCAACCCACGGAACAAGACAUACUGCGAACAAGAGUGAAAACUACGGGUAUAGUUGAAGUACAUUUCUCCUUCAAAAACCUCAAUUUCAAGUUAUUUGAUGUUGGUGGCCAGAGGUCGGAAAGGAAAAAAUGGAUUCAUUGUUUCGAAGAUGUUACUGCGAUUAUUUUCUGUGUAGCUAUGAGUGAAUACGAUCAAGUCCUACAUGAGGACGAAACGACGAAUCGAAUGCAAGAGAGCUUGAAGCUAUUCGACUCAAUCUGUAACAAUAAGUGGUUUACAGAUACCUCCAUCAUCCUCUUCCUUAACAAGAAAGAUCUGUUUGAAGAAAAAAUUAGGAAGUCUCCAUUAACGAUAUGUUUCCCGGAAUAUGCAGGUGCACAAGAAUAUGGGGAGGCAGCAUCCUACAUACAGGCGCAAUUCGAAGCCAAAAACAAGUCGACAACCAAAGAAAUAUACUGCCACAUGACCUGCGCCACGGACACACACAACAUUCAAUUCGUUUUCGACGCUGUCACUGACGUCAUCAUAGCCAAUAAUCUCCGCAACUGCGGUCUUUACUGAAAAACCUGCACACUUGAUUUCUUUCCUCACUCAAACGACUCUAGCACACAGUCGAAAAACGAUACGAUAAUGACGUAUUUUUUAAAACGUGUCAUAGUUUUCAACAUUAACAUUCAGUAAGUUUUUUUUCACCAACUAUAUUUCAGGUGUUUUGUAACUGGGGUGUAGGAUGGAAAUUGGAGAUUCCCAUUGAGAAAUAACUAGGUAUAACUUUUUCAAUGGAAUGUCAAUAAUUUUUAUUUUGAUCAAUUUGCAACAAGAAAACUAAGUCAGUAGUUUUCUUGGCUGAAAAAAAUUAAGCAAGUUUUUCUAUCGGAAUCUCAAAAAAAACAGUUUCCUCAUUUGCAAAUACAUAAUUUGGAGUAACACAGUGUUAUGGAAGUGUCAAGAUUUUUCAGGUAUUUUUUAUGCCAUUUGAAGUAUACAAUUUUUUUUAAAUAUCCAUGAAAAAGGAGAUUUAAAAAAAAAACAUUAAAAAUUCACUUGAUAUAAAUACAGAAUAUAAUUUUUCUUGAACUCGUUGAAAGGUCAAAAAACGGAAAUUUAAGGAAAUACAAUGAUACAUAGAUUUUUUUUUUGUUUUUUUUUAUCUCAUCUCAUUCAUCUAGAAGUUACUUUUCAGAAAGAUACAGAUUCUAACAUUCAUGAUGAUAUUCAAAUUAACUUUACCAGCUUCCACUUCAUUAAACUCUAUUUCGUUAUCCUUCAAAAAUUUGUCUGAAAACAAGGUACUAGGUUUUAACUCGGAUUAGGUGCCCUUCGAAAUAGUAGAAUCUUCGAGAAGAAAAAAAUUUGAGAAUAUGGUGUCCGGUUUCAGUGAAAUAUUCAGAAAAUCUUUCAACAAAAUGUAGUAGGGACAUUAGAAAUCAAUCAUUGAAUAAUAAAACAAAUUCAGAUUAUUUUUGGGAUGUUAUUCGCUAUCUGUGCUCAUAGUAUUAUGAUUUAGCAGAGAGAGCGGAUAACUUUUGGCGGAAAUGACAUAUCUGAAAUAAGCUUAGUGCAAACAAAACCCGACCAUUGUUAGAUGAUAUAAAUAUAGGACUCUGAGGAUUUUUCUCCUUAGAAAAAAUGUAAGACUGUUGCCAAUUUAUGACCAAAUUAAUAGUUUGCUGUACAUCAGAGUUUGUGAGCAUUACAAAAAACAUUAAUCAUGCAAUAUAUUUGCUUCAAAGCAUUUUUUUCUGGAAUACUGUGGCUCUCAUUUAACAUCAAGAUUACAUUUAUACUACUCAAUGAAUAAUUAUUUCUUACAUUGAAAUAUGAGUACUAAGAUUCUUCUAUCCAGUAGAAACCUGUUGUCUUGUUGAUGCCUUUUUCGAAUGACCAUUUGUUAACCAGGGCAGUGCCUUUGAAUGUCAUAUUAGAGUGAAAAAUACAUGAAUCGACUUUAAUCAAUUUGGAUUAACUUCAAUUUAAUUUGAGACGUCUUAGGAAGGAUACAAUUAUUGAAAAACUAUGAUGCAAAUAGAUAGAAGCAGUAAAUUUUAUAACUCUUUCAUUUCAUUACUAAAAUCGCAUUAAUUUUUUAAGGAAAUCUCCAAUUUAUUCUCGGCACUCUAGUUUACAAAACACCUUGUACUUGUGGUAUCUUUGGAUAACUGUUGAGUGAGAAGUUGAAAAUGUGUUUUUCUUUCGUUAUGAGAUGAGUUGAAUAAUUAUUAAACAUGUAAAAAAUAUCAAUAAGUAGCUUGUGCUUGAUAAUACCAAACGUUUUAGGUUUUUUGAAUUACCAAAGUUCAACAAUAUUCAUGUUUAUUAUCGAAUGACAGCACAAUUCUUGGUAAUCGCACAACUUUCUGCCCAAAAUGUAUCAGCAUUGUACAAAUACAUCGGAGGAGCAACAACAGUUCUGUUUUCGUUUCAUUUGUCUAACCAAAAUUCACUGGAAAACGUUAUUUAGUGUUAUUUUUCGUAUAUAUGAAUUGUGCCAUUAGUGAAAGAGAUUGCAUUUAUUGACGUUUAUUAGCUUUUUUGUAAGUUAUUUGUUUUCUUCAGAGUAUUUUUGUAAGUCUAAGUAAUGUUAUUUAUGUUUAUAUAAUUUUAUCGAAAUGAAACUAACUUUAUACUUGUGUUAGACUUGAGUUUAAUUAGGUAUCAUAUCUCUACGUUCAGUACAUGUGUGUUUGUAUACUAGUACCAAGUUGCGAUUCGUGGCUCAAAUAGCUUUCAACAAAGUUCUUCAGUUUGAUUUGUAUAUUUCCUAAAGAUUGGGUCGAAUAAUCACAGAAAAGUUCAUCUCAUCCUCGAUUAUAUGAAUAAUUAUAUCAAAUAUUAAUAACGAAUUGAUGUUUGACCUAUGAGGUGGCACAAAUGUUUUUGCACAACGGUGGACGGUCGUUGAAAUUUUUCGGUAAUUAUUCGAUUUGCCAGUAACAGGACUAAAGUUUUCGUCUCUCAUUAUUCUAACCAUAAUUAUAACGCCUACUUGUGUAUGGUUUUUUGCGGUUCUGUAUAACGACAGUAUAGCGUUUUUGUCGUUGUGCACUGCCCAAAAAUGUGUUCACAAAUCAGGAAAACUAAGGACCUUUGUAAUAGAUAAAAAUAUAAUUAAACUUAACAUUUAAUGUGUACAUAAAAAUAUAUGGCGCUUUACAGUUAAAAAAAGUAGCUUCAGUACCAUUUCGUAGGAUAGUUUUAUGGAUUUUUCAUUUCUGUCAUUGUAAUCUAAACAUGCAUUUUAAGUGAUACAUUCCUAUGAAUAUUUUGUAUCUCUCAUCACUUCCUUUUUUCUCACGAGAAAAACUGAUAAGAUUUUUUGAAAUGAAAUCAUUGGAAUACAAUCAUCCAUUCUAGCAGAAACUGAGUACUUGACGUAUGCCUUGAGGGGCAAUUAACAUAAAAUACAUUCCACAAAAGUGAGUUUUGUGGUAUUGAAAAAAAUGCCUUCAAUUUAAAAUUGUACCGCCUGCACAAGUAAUAGGAAUCAUUAGUGAAAAUAUGUUUAUGCCUGUUUAUUCUAUUAAUUUUACAGGUAUGAAUUAUAUUUAAUUCAUCAUGAUAAAAUCUUGAUCUUUCAGAAAUCAAUUCAACUUCAAGAAGUUUUAUGUGCAGGGAUACAUUCUGUAUCCCUAAGAGAAAACACGUUCAGACAAAAUAGUUUUUUUUUUUCUUGAAAAAUUCAUGAGUCGAAUAUGAUGGUCGAAAUUAAUGUGUACGAAAGAUACAAUAUGUAUGCCAUAUAAAAAUCUUAAGAUAUGUAUGCUCUCCAAUUUGAAUGGGCCUCGGCAGAUGGAUUUUCACAGAAAGGCGAUUUUGUGGUGUAAUUUAUGUUAAUUUGAUGUUCAUCAAUACGAUCAAGUCUGUUGUGUAUAAAAAUAGAUUUAUAAGUAUUUAAUGUUUGGUAGAUCAAGUCUAUUGAUUUUCUAGUCAAGAUUAUUUUCUAAUCGUAACUUUGGCAUUAUAACGUUUUGUAAUUUAUUUCAAAAAAAAUGAAUAAAAUAAAAGUGUAAACUGAUACGUAUCUCAUCAUUUUAAUGCCAGGUUUUCCAGUAUGUUUCGAAAUACACAGAUUCACAUAGACCAAUGUGUAUUUCACAUCUACGCAGAUAUUGAAGAGUAGUCCAAAGUGGACAAAGUAUAUUGGUAUGUUUUUAUAGUUGACAUGAUUUAGGAAGUGAGCCAAAAAAACACUAUGGCUGUUAGUGAGCUGAAAUGGAUCAGUAGAGUAGUGAUUGUUGUUGAUGAAAAUUUGAAAUGGAUUCUUGCUCAUGAUUAGUCACAAAUGUAUUUUAUUUUUAAGGUUGAGUAUAAUGAAUUACUUCGGAUCAAUUAUUGGCCUAUUGUUGAUGCCGGAGGUUGUUUUUUUGGCUGACUCUAGUGAACAUUCUACCUAGAUGCAACACGAGACAUUAUUUGAUCUGGUUCCAAGUUACCUUUGUAAUCUUAAUUUCUUUUAUCUUCACAAUUUAAUAACCAAAAUGGAUAGUUGAAUAGAAUGACAGCUCCGGACAGUUAUAUAAGCAUUAUGAUAUCGAACCUCAGACUUUGGAUGAGGCGUGCUAAGAACGAUUAAGAACAAAGAAACUUUGAGUUUAAACUAUUGAAAAGUUGAAUUUUGGACUUCCAUAGGCUAAAAAAUGUACGUAUUUGAAACAUAAGUGAAAUAGAAUAUAGGACCAAAAUAUUUCCUUAAGUUAACCAAUAAUUCAGUUUCAAAAUAGCUUUACAGGUUCAUUAUUGUUCAUUUCAAUUUAUAAAAGACGUGAUCGAACAACAAAUAUGUAUAAACUUGAGUGACAUAGCAAGCAAUAAAUUAAUUUUCAAAAAAAUAUAUCAAUUAUCAUGUACUUUGUUGGUACCCACAGUAUAUGGGGAAUAACAACAAAAUCUGGAAUAUUUUAUUUUUCCAGCACAUCUCUAAUUCUUAUUUAUUUUUCCUAGUUAUUUUGAACAGGUUUUCACUUACACCCUAUACAUCUGUUAUGGAUAUAGUGAUCUCCACUCUCUUUUGAACUUGGAUAUUAGAGUUGGGUGAAAUUUUCAAAAAUGAUACUAGUACUACUUUUGAAGUAACAUCAAUGAAAGUUUUAGUAGGUGAGGGACUAGGAAACUAAAAAUAAAUUUCAGUAGAUAGUACUUGUAAAACCAUUUGUGAUUUUCAUUAUUGAAAUGGUCAAAAAAUAGUAAAAAUGGUACCAUUUUACCUAAAUUUUAUCCACGUAUAUAAUUUAGCUCCUUCAAAAAUUGGCGGGAGAUGAACUCAUAAUAUAUAACUGAUUUUUCUGGGUUUUUCUACAACUAUCCAUAACUGGUAGAUCAGCAAAGCUUUCGAUCACUAAUAAUUUUACAGGUUUAAUUAUUGUUUAUUUUAAUUUCAAAUAGUUUUCCACUUGCAAGACAUUGACUAAUUGUCCAAAGACAUGAUUCUGGAUGAAUUUUAAGGAAGUCUACAUUAUCAGGUAUAAUAUGAAAUUGCCGUAAUAUGUUUUGAAAUAAUAGUGACAGAUAUUUCAUGUGUUUUGGCAUUUUUGGUUGGACAUAUCAUUAAUCAAUAUCAUCGAUAUUUCCAAUUGAUUCGUUGCAAGUGCUGUUAUAACAUUUGAGAUACCACUAAUGAUCUUCAAUUUUCUACUGGUCUGUAGAGUUUCCUACUGUAGAAGUGAAUGAACACUGGUGUUGAAUAUAUUUCCCAAAUAGUUACACACAUUUCAUCUAGCUGUUUCGUUCAAUGUUACGAGUUGAAUAAACGUUCAAAAAGUAAUCUUGAUUUGAAUAUUUGUGAAUUUCAUCUGAAUGUGCCUGGUUCUGAAAAAAAGUUUUAAUGGGUGUCAGCUCAUCUCAACGUUCAAUAGUGAAUACAAAAGAUGGUUUGUGCACGAAAUGUUUCUUUCGAAAGUAAAUAUGAUAUGCACUACCUUGAAAAUUUAAUGGAGCCAAGUACUUUCUUGAAAAGUUUUACAUGUAUUUUCCAACAAGUAAUUGGCGCCAAGCUAAUAUCUCAAAAUAUGUUGACUUUUUGUCUGUAGAUUUCAUCUAAGAAAUUGUUUUUAAUACUUGCUAGAUAUUUCACUAGGUACAAUAUAAUCUUUUGGAUUCCAUCAGUCUUCUUAUCCACCCAUAUCCGGAUUCAGUGAAAUUUAAUUGAUACGAGAAAAUGUGUUUCAAGUUUAAUGGUCAAAUCGUUCGACAAUGGAAUGAUGUCACUGCAAAAUAAUGAUCAUUUUCAAAACUGUCAAUUGAAAAUCAAAAUCUGAAAUUUUGGCUCAAAUGUCAUUUUCUAUAAAUUGUUGAUUGAGAAAUUUUCAUUUUUUUUUUUUCGUACUGUCACUAUUACGGGGUCUUAAAAUCGGUGUAAAUAUUUUGUAUAACUUUGUCAUCUUUCAGCCAUAUUACAGUUAUUUUGUCAUGUUUAUGAUGAUAUAUUGUGGGGUUGAGAUGCUGACAAUUCCAUCUAAAUUUCUUUUUUCAACUGACUAAGACAGAUGCAACUACUAAUAAAGCUCAUCGUUAUUUAAAGUUAAUGGAAAAAUUGUACACUUUCUUACAAUUCAUCCUAACUAUAUAUAUAUAUGCACAAACAAAUAUUGAUUGAUUUGUUAUAAGUAUAAGAUGAUAUAAGAAAUACCGAACUAGAUACACUGAAUGGUGUACAUGUUUUCCAAAUAUCAGUAAAUGUAACAAUUCAAAACAGAGUUUAUUGUUACUCUCAUUGUAUGUUUGUUUCUCUGUGAUGUGAAUACGAUAAAUAAAUUUUACCCAUUUCGAAAAAAAA